UUUUGUUACUCUCAUCUAAACGCAGACAAAGGCGUGUGUUAAUAAUUCAGUUUCUUUAACGUAUUAGGCAUUUCUUCUUUUGCUUCUUUCGUCAAUCAUCUAUGGCGAUGAUUUGGGUGCGAAGAUCAAGAGCCAUAGCCCAAUCUCUAAAUUACAAAUAUGGAAUCUUAGGAGUCAUGAGCCAGGCCCAGGAGGAGAGAUGCCAUUCCUUUCAACAUUUACAUGCUUCUUCUUCUACGCACUCACUUGUUUCUGCAUGCAAAUACUCAACCACUAUUAAUGUCUCCGAUAAGCGUCUCAAAUCAACCGUAGCUCUCAAACAUCUGGAUUCGACCGAGUUUGCUAGUGACAGCGAUGAUGAGCAGGUCUUGGAUUUCCCCGGUGGAAAGGUUUCAUAUACUUCCGAAAUGCGAUUCAUUUCCGAAUCUCCAGAGAAAAGAAUUCCCUGUUAUCGAGUUCUUGAUGACAGUGGAGAGAUCAUCCAUGGCAGUGAUGUUAAAGAGGUGAAUAAGAAAGUUGCAGUGAAGAUGUACAAUAACAUGGUAACACUUGAAAUGAUGGAUAAUAUUUUCUAUGAAGCACAGAGGCAAGGAAGGAUUUCUUUCUAUGUCACCUCAAAGGGCGAAGAAGCUAUCAGCAUAGCCUCUGCCGCUGCACUUAGUUCUCAUGAUUAUAUAUUGCCUCAGUACCGCGAACCUGGAGUUCUUCUGUGGCGAGGUUUCACAAUACAAGAAUUUGCCAACCAAUUGUUUGGAAACAGGGCUGAUUAUGGGAAAGGCCGGCAGAUGCCAAUUCAUUAUGGCUCUAAUAAGCACAACUACAUCACCAUAUCAUCACCUAUUGCUACGCAACUUCCUCAAGCUGUUGGUGUUGCUUACUCCCUCAAAAUGGAUAAAAAGGAUGCAUGUGUAGUCACAUUUACUGGAGAUGGCGGCACCAGUGAGGGAGACUUUCAUGCAGCUUUGAACUUUGCAGCAGUUAUGGACGCCCCGGUCAUUUUCAUCUGUCGUAACAAUGGCUGGGCCAUUAGUACCAAUGUAUCAGAACAAUUCCGAAGCGACGGUGUUGUGGUUAAGGGUCAAGCUUAUGGAAUCCGAAGCAUACGGGUUGAUGGAAAUGAUGCCCUUGCUGUUUAUAGUGCCAUUCACUUUGCUCGCAAAAUGGCUAUUAAUGAACAGAGGCCUGUAUUAGUUGAGGCCCUUACAUACAGAGUAGGACACCACUCCACCUCCGAUGACUCCACCAAGUAUCGGCCAGUUGAUGAAAUCGAAUAUUGGAAAUCGGCAAGGAAUCCUGCAAGUAGAUUUAGAAAUUGGAUUGAAAGCAAUGGCUGGUGGAAUGACACUGAAGAAACUGAACUUCGAAGCAGCCUGAAGAAGCAGCUAUUGCAAGCAGUUCAAGCUGCAGAGAAAACAGAAAAACCACCACUUGCAGACAUGUUCUCUGAUGUUUAUGAUGUUCCGCCAUCAAACCUUCGUGCGCAGGAGAAUCAACUCAGAGAAACUAUUAAGAAAUACCCACAAGAUUACCCCUCUGAUGUUCCUGUAUAGACAGAGAAAAUGCCAAGAAAUUAUCAUUAGUCCAAAGCUAAUAACGAAAGCUGUAAAGUGUUGAAGCUAGCUACUGUCAUGUGUACAUCUUAAUUUCAGAUGAUUGGAUAGCCUGUCCAAUUCCUAAUCA